AUGAUCAACAACGUCUACCUCUUCUACUCCGUCACCAUCUUCGUCCUCCUCGCCGCAACCCUCGCCUACCUAACGCGCCACCACUGGCUGCACGCGCUGCCCAACAACCCCUUCGCGCGCUGGUUCUACACGCGGCUCCCCAGCUCCUUCGCCGCCGACAUCGAGUCGGGCUUCUCGUCGGCGCACUUCGACCUCGCCGGCAACGUCGCCGACGGCGACUCCCGCGCCGGCCUCGACGACGUCGCCAAAGCGGAGAUCAGGAAAAUCAUGAAGGCCCGCCGCGUCGGCUUCGAUGAGGCCCGGAGGAUCUUCACCGAGGCCCGCUUCGCGCGCAAUGGCAUUGGUCCGGACGGCAGGCCGCGCGACCCCAAGUUUGUCAGCUUCUCGUGA